GUCGCAAGAACAAUUAUAUAAUAUUAUAGAUUUUGGCUUAGAAGACUAAUUCAUUCAAAUCAUAGUAUAAAACUAAUAAAGUCAUAUUAUUUAAAGCUUAUCAGCUAUUACAUGACGAGAGGACUUUUUCAAAUUAUUUCUUGCUACAAAUAAAAUAUAUAUUAAAUUAAAACAACUACUCUAGUCAUUAAAUAACUAGUCCUAAUAACUAGUCUACAACUACAUUACAAUUAUAUGAAUUAUAUGCUGUCAAUUACAGUGUAAUAAAAUUGUAAAGACUGACUUUAAAAUAGUGUAAAUAUAAAAUGACUGACUUUAAUUACUGUAAAUUUACAAUAGUGUAAUGCUUUAAUUAUUUAAUAAUAAAAAUGAAUAUAUACAUAUAUCAUAUAAUAAAUAGGCCCUAAUUCAGCCAACUCUACUGAGUAUUCGGUAAUUCAAUUUGCAUAUGAUUUGAAAUUAAAGCUUAAACUUACAACUUAGCAUAAAAGUAAAGCCUUUACUAAAGGGUACUAAAUAUAAAUAUAAUUUUAAGGGAAAUUGUAAUUUUUUUAAAGGUCCAAAACAAACUUAGCAUUACGACAUUGUAAAAUAAAUGUAAUGUUUAAAUUGCCUAUAAAUUAACAUCAUAUAAAUAAUUAUUUAAUGAAUCAUGUUUUAAAAUAGUCCAGUGUAUAAUAUGAUUGUGAUUGUUUAUUAUAUAUAUUAUAUAAUAAAUUAUCAAUGAAUUUUUUUCAUCAAACAGUACAGUGUGUUCUUUCGUCAAACUUAAUUAAUGAAAAAUAUAUAUUAAAGUUUCUUAUAUAUAUUAUAUAUAUAUAUAUAUGUUGUUUACAUAUUUUUUCAACUCGACACUAACCAUAACACCUACAAUUACAAUAAAUUGAUUUAAUAGAUUUGGAUACGACUUCCCUCCCCUUUUUAUGCUAAAAUCAUUUUUAUGUUUUAAAAUCGCAAUCGGCAAAGUGUAUGAAACGAUGUAAACAAAGCCAUGCUUCCGGGAAUUUAAAAUAGAAUUACAAAGUUAAAGUCUAAAGUCAUAAAAAAAAAAGGUUAAUCAUAAAUGUAGGUUAUAUUCCGCCGAGAAGUAGAAACCAACACAUUGGGGAAAAAAAAAUGAAAUUCGCUUUUCAGGUAUUACAGUAUAGGACAAUAUUGUUCAAGUAAUUAAGAGAACUUCAUAAUCAUAGAAUCAUAGUCAUAGUGAUCGCGCAGCGGCUAAUUCUGUGUGUGACGUGUGGGGUGGACUCUGCCUAAAAUUUCCUAUUCCUCACUCAUGUUUAAUUUGUUAAGUAAAGCAUGUUGUAUUCAAUUGAAUUGUAGUCAUUUAAGUUAAGUUUAAGACUUAAACUUUUUAAAGUUAAUUAAGUUUAGACAUAGUUACUGUAGGUGCGUACUUUGGUGUAGUUAGAUAAGUUAGUUAUUAAUAAAUAAUAAAUAGACUUAAUAGUUAUCUACUUAUGACUUAUACUUGUAGAAUGUAGAUUAAAAAAGAAUCGAGAAAGGCAAAGUUUAAAUAAGUUUGUGGGUGGCUAAUUUUAAUGUUUAAUCUAUUGAAUUUUGAAUAAUUGUUGGCUAAAAUUAAGAACGAAUGCCACAGCGUCUUUUGCGUGUUUACAAUUUACUGAAUUAGGGGUUAGGUUUAGGGUUCAGGUUAGGUUUAUUAAGGAUACAUUUAGUAAUUUUUAGGUAGGGACCUCGGUAUCUACCGGAAAUACCCGAAAAAUGGGUAUCGUAUUUUCGUUGUCAUACUGGCGAUCUCUACUUUUUAAUUUACUGAGGGCUGAGGGUAUCGUUGUUUCGCGUUUUAUAAUCGAUUUUUAGCAUAAUAAUAUAAUUUUACUUCCGCCAAUUACUUAAAGCCAACAUCUUUCCUGUUAUAUUAAGAGUUUGUUUGAUUUUUUUGGUCAAGGUUAAAGUUAAAGCUUUGAAAAUUGAAGUUAAAAAUUGGUCAACUUCACUCAAUAAUAACUUUUUUUUAAAAAUGGGCUCAAAAAUAAAAAAACUCAGCUCUUAUAAUUUAUGGGUUCAUUUACAACAUAUCCAAAAUUCAUGAGUGUAGACCAUGGGUGGGCUUCAAAAACAAAUUUCCAAGAUGUCAUUUUUUAGGCUAUGUAAUUUGUCAUCAUGGCCACCGUGCUUGUCUGCUUAUUUCCAAUUAUCGAUAGAAGCCAUGGGGUAAUUAAUAAUUCAUUAAGUUGGUUAUCCAGAGUGUAAAUGGGAAAUAUAACUAAUAAUAAAUCAUUUUAUAUAAAUAAAAAAUGUUUUAUAACAUAAAUAAUUAUUUUUGGGUUGGUUGCCAUGGACCUGGCUGACACUGACAUGGGAUUGAUAAGCUCUUGUCUAUGACUUAGAUAGGCUUAGUAAAAUUAUUAUAAUAGUAAUUAUACUAUUAUAAAUGAUUUAAGGAGUGGGAUAAAUAGUUUUUAUUACAACUUACAACUAAUAUAUUUAUCAUUUAUACUAGUUUAUAUAUUUAUAGACUAUAGAUAAAUAUUUAUUUGUAUAUAUAUAUAUAAUGACCAUAGGCUAUAAGCCUUGUAUACAUAUAGUAUAAUACAAAGUAUACUAUAUCAGGGUUAAGGCCAACCCAACUAAUUUGUAGGGCCUAUUAUAAUACAUUAUAUUUAUUUAUAUUUUAGGAUUUGUUUCAACUCGUUCACUGACCCUCACUUUCCUGUCUAUCUCUCUGAACUGUUGCUUCCUUACAUCCCCACAAGACAACUACGUUCUUCCAUUGACAGUAGAACCCUCUCCAUCCCAAGAACUAAAACUAAGACCAUCGGUGAACGCUCCUUCUGCUUCCAUGGGCCCACGUUCUGGAACCAGCUCCCCUUCCAUAUACGUCAUAGUGAAACCUCGUCCAUUUUCAAAAAGUCCCUUAAGUUUCUAUAGAAUAGUAGUUACUAUCCUAGUGUCUCAUUUGUAUUUACUUAGUUUACUUGUUUUAAUAAUUGUAAAGCGCUUAGAGCUUUAUGAUAAGCGCUAUAUAAAAAUGCCUAAAUAAAUAAAUAAAUAAAUAAUAAAAUUUUAAUGAAUAUUGUGAUUCUUACUUAAGGCAUUAACUAAGUAAAAGAAUUUUAAAAUAUUCACUUACCUUUGGUAUUGAAAUAUCCUAUAUUUAAUCACAUAUCACAAUAUUCCACAAGAGAUUAUUAUAUAAUCCUCAGUUUCCCAAAGAAAAAAACACACUUUCUGGCACAACAAUCCGAGAAUUACUUAAGAUAUUACUAAAGAACAACCAUAAAAACCUGUACUUACCGCUAGUAAAUGACUAGAAAUUAUUUUAUUUUCUAUUAACAGCUAAAGUCAAAGUUGAUUCUAAUAAUACAUGUUGAUUUGUAAAACAAGAUUACAAACUUAAAAUAAAUUACAUGCUGAUUGUUUUGUCAUACUCAUAUAGGCAUAGGAAUAAUAUAAUAUAUAAUAUACAUAUGUAGAAAAUGGUAAAAUAAAAAAGUUUAAUUGUCAAGUUUAAAUAAAUAAAACAAAUACAUAUGUAGAAAAUGGUAAAAUAAAAAGUUUAAUUUUUAAUUUUAAAUAAAUAAAACAAAUAAUCCCUUUAUGCCUUUAUUAUUUGUUUAAGCUUAAAAAUGCUAAACAAUUCCACAGAAAAUCUGCAAUUAAUAGCUAAAGAAUAUUAUUAUUAUCAUGAUUUUUGGGAAAUUAAAAACAAAAUUUUAAUUAAUUAAUUACAAAUAAGGGAUGAGUCAGCAUUUUCAUACAUUUUUUUUAAUAGGCAACAAAUAAAGUUUUUUUUUUUAUAUUUGCGGCACAUUAACAAAAACUAACGUAUAUUUUGUGGCUUUAUUUAGAAGUACUCUUAUUUAACUAUAUUCACUGUAAAUAUUAUAUUUUUGUCUUAUUUUAUAAUAAAGUUAAAGGCGUUAAAAAAAAAAAAAAAGAGGGUCACAAAAUGUGGAGGAAAAUCCUGUAGUAAAAAAGGUGGUUUUGAGGUCCCUACUAAAAAAUUCAUAACUUUUGAACCACUUGAGCUAGAAAGUUGAUCUUGGUGUUUUUGUAAUCUAUUCUCCAGGCUCUAUACAUUUAUAUUUUUAAAAAUGUUUUGAAAUUUUCAUCAAAGUGGCUAAUUUAGGCAGGGUUCAGGUUAGGUUUAGGGAUACAUUUAGGGAAUAAAUGUGAAGAGAUAACACCAUGUUUUUUUACCAUGGUGAACUUAUGUCCUAAAUUUAUCCCUGAACCCUCAAUCUAAACCUAACCUGAUCCCUAAACUUAUCCCUAACCUGGGUUUUGACCCUAAUGGAACCAGGGUUUUGACCCUAUCGGAACCAGGGACAAAACACGCCAAUGACAUCAGGGUGCUAUUAGCCUUUUAGGGUACAGGUUAGGUUUAGGGAUUACAUUUACUUAGAUUUAGUGACAGAAUUAACUGGUCUUGUCAACCAAGAUGGCGGCAUCUAAUUGUCAAUAAUUGAAAUAUUUCAGAUAUUAAAAUUUGAAUUUUUUUUCUUCUAAAUUUUAUUUAACUAUUAUUAAUAUGAUUAUAUUUAUAUUAUUGAAUUAUUAAAUUGAACAUAAACAUUUUCUAAAAUCUGAUAACCAGGGAACAUGGUUAUCAGAGCAGUCCAGAUAGAAUUGAAUCAAUAAGUCUAAGUCAAUAAGUUUUAAUUUUUAUAUGCCCAAGCCAAAAGUCUUUCGUUGACUGUGACUGUGAUAAAGGACAAAGCAGAAUGUGACAAAGUGAAUGCCUGCUACCCCAACCCUUGUACCUUGGUUUCAAACUGUUAUAUUUUAUAGCAGAACUCUGACAAAUUUAGUAUAAUUUUAUUGUUAAUAUGAAUUAAUUGAAUGUUUUUUUUUUUUUAGUUUUCAAACUUGCUUGGGUCAGUUUACAGAAAAGGGAAUAUUAUCUUUACACCAGAUGGAAACAGUGUCAUUAGUCCUGUUGGAAAUCGAGUUUCAAUCUUUGACCUUAAAAGGUAAAACUUAAAAUAUAACAAUAUUUUUUACAAUUAAUUGACUAAUCUGCCUUUUGACAUUGCUCUUUAGAUAUUAGAUGUAAAAUGUGAGCUUUAAAUUUAAUGAAAUAUUGAAUUUUAUACAGGAUUUAAAUAAAUAAAAUUUUAAAAUUAAGUCUGUCCAAUGUUCUAUAUGCAGAUCUGUUAAUAUCUUAAUAGUAAAACAAGGUAUAUUAUAUAUAAUGUAUAAACCUCAAAAUUGUACAUUGUACACCGAAAUCGUAAGAGUAAACAGGUCUGUAUAUGUGUUAUAAAAAAUCCCCCCCCCCCCCUUCCCUGUCUAAAACGGGAAGAGCACACGUCCGAAAUCGUAAGAGUAAACAGGUCUGUUAAUGUGUUAUAAAAAAUCCCCCCCCCCCCUUCACUGUCUAUUGUUUUUUCUCUGAUAUAACCUGCGUUUACGCAUAACACUGUGACUGAGAACACCCAAUUGGUAUUACACUUUGGCAGUGUCUACACGUCCGGCGACCUGACAAAUAGUGCAGGAGAUAUUCUUCCAGCGGGCAUAUCAUGUGACAAGAGAUCGUCGGCAACAUUUUUUUAAAAAGUCUGUUAUCUUGGUUUAAAUAUCUUAUAAAGCUCUACCUAGUAGCCUAAAUUUAAUGAACCAAAGAAAAUAAGACCAGUACUUGCCAGUGGACUGUCAAUAGAUCUACUGUAAAAAAAGUUUUAUUUUAGGCUAAUAAUAUUGCGUGGAAGAAGUCUACCCCAACAGCACACAAUAUUGGCCCUAUAUUAAGAUGUAAGGUCUAUUUCUUUGUGAACUUUCGACCUCCCCUCCUUAAUUAUUUAUCACCCUCUUUAUCAUUUUUAUCCUUUCUCUCUCAGUAUUUCAUCCUUCUAGUAUGCAUAGCUUCCCCCCACCCCCAACGCAACCCACUUAUUUCAAAAUUGCAACUCUGUGCUACCGCUGCUUGCAUGACCUGGCACUGUCCUAGCUCAAAGGGCUUAUGACUACUUAUGUACCCACUAGACAACUCUGCUCAUCCGAUAGUGGCAAACUCUCGAUACAAUGUGUUCGCCUUGAGACUUACGGAAGGCGCACUUUCGCAUUUGCUGGCCCAACAAUUUGGAACACACUUCCUGACACUCUCAGAAACAGCCAGACACUGGAGUCUUUCAAAACUGAAUUGAAAACUUAUCUAUUUCGCAAACACUUGCUGGGGUGAUUUUGUCUACCAUCUUUUCUAGCUGGCUAUUAUCUCAUAGAUGGAUAUUGAACUCUAUUGUUUAUGUUUGUAAGGGAUGAAAGAAUUAGAAUGGGCAUUCUCGUAUGUGGUUUUUGUAAUGUUGCGUUUUGUAUUUCAAUGUGGUAUAAUAAAGAUUUUUUUCAUUUCUCUUUUAAUAUGGAUGACUUUGUACAGCGCUUCGAGCCUUUGGGGAUGAAGCGUGAUUUUCAAAUAAACUCUAAUAUUAUUGUUAUUAUUAUAAUAAUAGUGGCUCUAAAAUUGUGAUAAAUUUUGAAAUGGUAUGAAUUAACUUAAAUUACAAUUUGCAUUUCAAAGCUAAAUUUUUUUUUAAAAAAGGAUUUUUUAAAAGCAUGAGCUUAAUAAGACAUGCAGAGUCAUCAGCAAUUGGACAAUUUUCUAAUUGAUGCAACCUUAAUGAUUAUAAUUAGAACUUCCGUUCUAAAACAGAUUUGUUUACAGGAACAGUAAUCGGUAAACAAAAUUGAUUCAUUUCAAUAAAUUCUUAUAUUUUGUAAAUAUAGCAACAAGUCAACUACUCUUCCAGUGGAGACCAAGGUUAACAUCACAUGUACAGCCAUAUCACCAGAUGGUUGUACAGCAAUAGUUGUUACAGAAGGUAAUCUGUAAAUUGUCACUCUCUUCAUUUACUUUCUUGUUGUUGUUUUUUUUUACCACAUUUCAUUUUUCUAUAAUUUCCCUUUGAGUGUAUUUUGAUAUUAGUAUUUUUUUUAAUAUGGAUCAACUCAUUGCUCAUAAUAAAUCAUGUUGGUAACCAGAAAUUAAAAAAUGAUGAAUUUUUUCCUGUAAACGUGUGUUGUGUCAUAAAACUCAUACAUUUAUUUCUAUUUUUUUAAAUUGUCUUUCUCAGAGGGUGAAGGUCUACUCGUUAGUCUCAUAAGUCAUAGUGUGCUUGGAAUCCAUCAUUUUCAUAAUGAAGUGCAUCAAGUCAAAUUCUCACCAGAUGGAAGGUUGGUUUAACUAAAUGGAAAUAUCUUCAGUGUGGUCAGAUGAAAGGUUUAUGGGGUUGGGCUGUCCCUGAUAAAGUAAAAAUUGCAAUAUUUAAUAUCAGGGGACACUUGCACUAUUUAAUAUCAGGGGAUUAAUUAAGUUAAAAUGAUUGUGAAAAUGUUUAUUUGUUGUUGAAAAAAAUUCAUCAAAUUUACUGAAUUUAUUUACAGACCUGUUUACUCUUUCAAUUUUGGCAUACAAUGUACAAUUUUGAGAUGUCUAUUACGAUUGGACGCCAAGACCUGACAGAAAUAUGAAUAUUAGAGACCGAGUUGAAAAUAUAUACAUUCCGGUAGUUUUUUUCAGAUAUAUAAAAAAAAAUAAUAAUUUAAAAAUACAUUUUCGGUUGUUUCAAUUUGCAUUCUACGUCCAGCAGUGAAUGGGUCGAGGAAUAUGAUUGGUUGGGGACCAUCUAUAAUUAUAUUAAGUUUGCCCUGAGAGGGGAAUGGAGUGGUGUUGAUUUAGAAGAUUUUGUGUACGGGUGAGGGGUGGGUCUAAAUAUUUAAGGGUUUAAAAUUAACACUGCCACAUUUUUGUAACAUUAGAGGUGAUUGUCAUACUGUUGCUUUGUAUUUUCAUGACACGGCAACAGUAAUAUUAACGUAGUCGACUUAGUGACAAUUUUAGUCAAUCCGGGACAAUCCAUAUAGAACGUACACAAUGAGGGGAGAUGGGGGUUGUCAAUUUUUUAGAUUUUGAGCACUCGUGCGUAUAGCCGGGGGGAGCGGGGUCUUGGUAGAAAAUACCUACAUUAUACAAAAAUUUUAGCAUAUUCAUCAUGAAAUUCCAAAAAUAGUAUAUCUCAAAGGCUGUAAAAACAUCAUGCAAAGUUUUGUAGAAAUUAUCUUCAAAAUGUUGUCAUGUGUUUUCAAAUGUGAAUUCACUAGAAAUACUCAGAUGAUACUGAGUAGUGGAGGUAUUGCAGUAAUAAAUAGUCCACUGCACAUACACAUAUAUAUUGUUGGGCUACGCCAGUGGUUCCUAAAAUUAGUCGAUUUCUGGCACCUGUGUCAAAUUUAGGUUUUUACCAGGCUCCCUGUGUUCAAUUCUAACAAGUACACCUCAAAAUAGCGAAUGCAUAAAGAAAAUAAAUGGUUUGGUAAAAAUAAAUAUAACACAUUUGUAAAUCACUAAGCUCCAUAUAGUAACUGCAGUAGUUACUCUAGUGGGUUACUGGGGGCGGGUGGUCGAAAAUAUGUGUACGCACCAUACACGUUGCCCCUCUUUGUGUUUGUUUGCUUUGGUUCUGUAUGACAUAAUUUUGUGACAUAAUUAUUUCUUAUGGCUGACAAAGGUGAGUACAGAAACAGAGAAAACUAGAGAAUGCAUUCUCAUCUGUUCUGUGACACAGCCUUAGAUUUCAGCAUAUUUUAUAAAAAUCUGAGAAGGCCUUUUAAAUCUAUUUUUAAAACACACAAAACAGCUGUACGAUUUUUAAUACCUCCUCUUCCUUUCGCACAUAUCAAGAUUGUUGUCGAUAUCACUUGUAAAUUUAACAGGAAAUAGGCUUAAUGGAUGCUGAUUCUUAUUUGUUGUUUUAAACAGCAUUUCCUAAAAAUAAAAAUCUUAAAUUUCUUGGUAGGUUUUUUUGAUAAUGACACCGUAGUUUGUUAAUUAUUCUUAUUUUAAUACAUUUUAUUUCAUGCUGAUCUGACUUUGAGGUUGAACUUGUUAAAUUUCAACAGUAUUUUUAUUUUUAUCAGUGACAGACUGUGAUAAUGUGAUCUGCAUGUUCACCUAAAUAUUAAGUAAUAUCUAUAGCAGAUGCACGUCUUCAAAACAAAGUGACCACAUAUAGCAAUAUAAACAUCAGUCAUCUACUUUUAGAAUUUACCCUUUUUUUUUACUUCAGCUUAACUUGAUCCCACUGGACAUGCGAUGCGAGUAAUCAUUUUAACAUUAUAUAUACUUUAUGGUUAUUUAUAUAUUUUUAAGAUAAUGUAUUUUACGAUUUUGAGACGAUAUUGUACGAUUUUAGGAGUUUGAGGGUAAACAGGUCUGUAUUUAUAUAAUGGCAGGAAAAAAACAAUUAUUGGCUUAUAAUAUCAGAUUUCAUCCACAACUAAUUUUUUUUGACCAAAAUAAAGUAUAGUGUAUCCCUAGUUGAAAUAUAAAUUGUGGCAAAUUCUAAAUACUUUUACACUGGUUUAAUAGGAAUCAAUUUCAAUCAUGUUAUUUUAAAGAACCUGGCUGCAGUCCAUUACAAGUUUUCGCUUGAAACUACUUUUCUUGUUUGUUCCUCUCAGGAAAUUUGCAGUUACAAGAGACACAGUGGUCCAGGUUUUUCAUGCACCUGGCAAGACACGUGAUUUCAACCCUUUUGUUCUGUACAGGACAUUUCCUGGCCAUGUUGAUGCUGCUAUUUCCAUUGAUUGGACCUCAGACUCAAGGUUAGAAUUUUUAUAUUGUUAAACAGUAAUUUUUACUCAAAGACACCUUACUAUAAAUCACUUUUAACAAUCAUUAUUGAAGGGGUGGGUGUCUAACAGUUAUUUUGAAAUUAGUGAAUUUUAUUUUGCAGGUUAGAACAACAGCUCUGGACAUUUUUAGUGCCAUGACUCCUUGAUUACUCAUAGAGUUUUAUUUUCAGUAUGUUUUAAUAAACAUUUCACAACAGAGCAGUAAUUUCUCAACAGACUCCUGUCAUCAUUUCAUGUCACCCUAGAGGGGUUGCAACUCACAGCUUGAAAAUAGCUGUCAUACUGUCAUGUCACCACAGAGGAGGUGCAACUCGCAACUUUAAAAAUAGCUGGCCCAAAGUAUCAUUACAUCUCAGUUUUUACAUCACAGGCAGAGAGCUACAAAGUCCAAUUUAAUUAAUUAAUUUUUAUAACAUGAAAGAAUGUUGAGCACACCAUUUUGAAGAUGCACUCUGUUUCUAAGAUAUCAAUUUUUCUUAUGUUUUUAAAAAAAAAACACCAAGAUGUCUUUUGUCAUGUUCAUUUUCUUUUGGUUUAUCUUCAUAGAGUAUUGUGUACUGGUUCAAAAGACAGACGCACCCGAGUGGUGGCCACAGAGAGAUUAACAAACUUAAAUGUUUAUGAUCUUGGAGGCCUGAGGGACACAGUUGUUGGUGCUUUCUUUGACUACAACUCUCUUGAUGUAUCCUUUGUAUUUACUGGUUGAACUGUGAGAGUUAUGUUAAACAUGGUGUCUAUGUAUGGAACAACUACAGGUCUAGAAUGCUAUCAGCUGCUCAAGUCACAUAUGUUAAACAUGGUGUCUAUGUAUGGAACAACUACAGAUCUAGAAUGCUAUCAGCUGCUCAAGUCACAUUCUUUCAGUUCCAAAUAUAUUGCACUGAGAUUAAUAUAGAAACCAAACUAUCAGCUGGUGAGACUAAGACACAAUGUUUCAGAUUCAAACAUUGUGUACUCUAAUUAUAAAUCCCUUGAUUGUUGCUUUAAUUGCCAUAGUUUACAUCAUGAUCUUAACAAUAAAUUAUUUUGUUUACAUGCAUUGCUGCUCCACUGAGUACAUUUUUAAUAAAUUCAACUAGGUACACUUUUAUUUAUUGUGAAGUCAUUAGCUAUGGGUAUUAAGGAGAGUUUUUUCAUAUAGCAAUCUUUCAAAAAAGGGAUUGAUGUCAUAUUUUUAUAGACAUGUACAAAAUAGAAAAGGAAUUCAUUUUUUUUUUUUUUUUUGCUGCUCCAAAGAUUUGUAGUUAUUUUGACUUCAGUCUUGCUUAAGACAAGUGAAAAUUGUUAUUGUGCAUUAUUACUUGGGUGCCAUAUGGUCACAUUAAUCCUUGAAGUCACAUUUAGACUUGCAUGCCUUAUGUUCUAAUUAAUCCUUGAAGUCACAUUUAGACUUGAAUGACAUAUGGUCGCUUUAAUCCUUGAAGUCACAUAUAGGCCCUUUUUAUGGAAAUAGUUUUCAAAGGUAAAGUUUAUUAGUAUUGAUGGUUUGUUUUACUUUAUCAUCUUCCUUAACUUAAAAAAAAGGUAAUUUGCGUGGCACAAGAUGGGUAUGUCUUUGUUUGGAAAUGUGACACAGCACUAAAGGAUCUGAAGCCAUGGGAAAGCAAAGAUGAAGCUGAGGAGGCAGAAGAGGAUCAAGAGGCAAACGCCACCAAGAAAAAGAGGAAGUUAAAAAAGAUCCAGGAUAAAGAGGAAGAAGCAGGUUAAUUUGAAUAAAUUGGAUUAUUUAAUUACAUCUGUGUUAGACUGGUUGAAGUCAUAUCUCAAUUGUGUUUGAAUUCUCUAUUAUUUUUUUACUUUCAGAUUCCAAAGUCAUGUACAAUCCUGGAGGAAAGUAGGUUCUGCUUAUUUUCAUCUUUUUAGUGGAUUCUGCCUCCCAGAGAUUUGCCAAAUGUCGAUAAUUACUCUUGAAAAUCAACACAUUUUGUUUGUCUUAAAGGCACAUAAUAAAAAUGUACAAUCGGAUCACCUCAACGUGUUAUUUUUCAGAUACACAUAUAGAGGUCUACGUAAAGACCCAAGCUAUUCAGAACUGACAUGUACUGCAUUCCACAAAUCUUCACAUAUACUGGUCUCUGGAUUCGCAGAUGGUACAUUUUUCUUGCAUGAGAUGCCAGCUUUCAGCAUGAUACAUUCACUGAGGUACAUCUUUUUCUUAACCUGAUGUUGCUUAGGACUUGUGUAAAUGUCAUUAGCAGUUAUCACUGUAAUGACUUCAAAUAGUAUCGUAAGUGAUGUUGGGGGAUAUUCAAAAUGAAACGACGUGUAAGAUAUUUAUAUGUGUAUGUCAAUCACAAUGAAUGUGUAAUCUCUGUAAUAUUAAAUUAUUAAAGAUCCAGAUGGCAUUAAAGCUUAAAAUCCUUAGUUUUAAAUUUUUCAUCCCAAACUGUCAGUGAAGAAUGCAUAGAGUUUUUCUUUCUCUAGAUCAGUCCCAUCCAUAACAUUGUGUUUUUGUUGCCAGUAUUUCAGAACAGAGUGUAGACUCUAUCGCUAUCAACAACACUGGUGACUGGAUUGCCAUUGGCUGUGGAAAGUUGGGACAGCUUCUAGUCUGGGAGUGGCAGUCAGAGUCAUAUGUCCUGAAACAGCAAGGUCAUUUCAAUGACAUGACAUGUGUCACAUACUCUCCAGAUGGUCAGAAUAUAGUCACUGGUGGUGGGGAUGGGAAGGUAUGAAACUUGGUGGAAAGUUGAGUACAGCAUGAUUACUUUACAUAUACAGAAGGGCAGCUAAACAUACAAACACCUGAUUGUGAUCUAGCUAUGUGUGUCCUAUCUUAAUUCACAAACAUUUGAUUAUGAUCUAGCUAUGUGUGUCCUAUCUUAAUUCACAAACACUUGAUUGUGAUCUAGUUAUGUGUGUCCUAUCUUAAUUCACAAACACUUGAUUGUGAUCUAGUUAUGUGUGUCCUAUCUCAACAUACAAACACUUUAUUGUGAUCUAGCUAUGUGUGUCCUAUCUCAACAUACAAACACUUGAUUGUGAUCAAGUUAUGUGUGUCCUAUCUCAACAUACAAACACUUUAUUGUGAUCUAGCUACGUGUGUCCUAUCUCAACAUACAAACACUUUAUUGUGAUCUAGUUAUGUGUGUCCUAUCUCAACAUACAAACACUUUAUUGUGAUCUAGUUAUGUGUGUCCUAUCUAAACAUACAAACACCUGAUUACGAUCAAGUUAUGCUUAUCCUAUCUAAAAUAUUUUUUCCAUAAAAAAUAUUGUUAAAAAAAUAUAAACUAUUUCCAUAUAGAUCUAAUUUGAUAUAUAUAUAUAUAUAUAUUUGUUUAUAAAAUAUGCUUGACCAUAUGAUCAACUAUAACUAAAAAUUAACUUAAAGUUAAUUUUAUUUCAAAAAUUAAAUGUGGUAUAACCUCUUACCAUUGAUGUACUAAGCUUUUUUUUUUUUCAAAUGGACACGGCAGAUUAGAAUAACAAAGAAAGUCAUUGAAAGUAAUUGACCUUUUUUCUAUUUCAAUUUUGUCUAAGGUGAAAGUGUGGAAUUCCAUGUCAGGAUUUUGUUUUGUCACGUUCAGUGAGCAUGCAGGAGAAAUCACAGGUGUCAAGGUCACACAAAAUGGCAAAAGUGUCCUGUCCAGUUCUCUUGAUGGAACAGUACGUGCAUUUGAUCUUACAAGGUCAGCUCAGUAGAUUGUUUAUUAGUUGUUGAGGCUUGUUCAAUUUCUAGGGUAGCUUUAUAGUUCUAGAAAAAAAUAUUUGCCUAUGAUUUUUAAUUAGUUGGUUUUUUUUUAGCUUUAAAUAAGUCUUAUAUUUAUAUUGUCACUGGUUUUUAGAAUUUGUUAAUAGAAAAAAGAAAAAAAAAUAUUUUGUUACAAUAUUUAUAUUACCUUUUUACAUUUAUUGUAGAUUAUUAUAUUUGUUUAAAAAAGUAUUCUUCACUUGUAAAUUUACAGGUAUCGCAAUUAUAAAACAUUUACAUCUCCUAAACCUGAUCAGUUCUCAUGCCUUGCUGUUGAUGGAGCUGGGGAAAUAGUCUGUGCUGGUGGAACCAAUGAGUUUAUGAUUUAUGUCUGGACAAUGAAAACUGGUCGACUAUUGCAGGUACAUGAUAUAGUUUAGAUUUGUAAUGAAAACUGGUAGACUAUUGCAGGUACAUGAUAUAGUUUAGAUUUAUAAUGAAAAUUGGUGGACUAUUACAGGUACAUGAUAUAGUUUAGAUUUAUAAUGAAAAUUGGUGGACUAUUGCAGGUACAUGAUAUAGUUUAGAUUUAUAAUGAAAAUUGGUGGACUAUUGCAGGUACAUGAUAUAGUUUAGAUUUGUAAUGAAAACAUGUAGACUAUUGCAGGUACAUGAUAUAGUUUAGAUUUAUAAUGAAAAUUGGUGGACUAUUACAGGUACAUGAUAUAGUUUAGAUUUAUAAUGAAAAUUGGUGGACUAUUGCAGGUACAUGAUAUAGUUUAGAUUUAUAAUGAAAAUUGGUGGACUAUUGCAGGUACAUGAUAUAGUUUAGAUUUGUAAUGAAAACUGGUGGACUAUUACAGGUACAUGAUAUAGUUUAGAUUUGUAAUGAAAAUGGUUUUCCUUUGAAGCUUUACAUUUUCUUUAGUUUAACCCUCUUGGGCUGAUCUAUCCACCCGAUAAUUCAAUCCUCAAGAUUGGCUGGCUGCUCUUUGUACCAGCUUUAUAUUGCUUCUUGCAUUUAUUGCUCAGCUUGCCAUUUUAAUGGUGGCUUCCAUUGAUAGUUUACAGUGUUCUAUCAUUUUAUAUCAAAUUAUUUUGUGCCUAGUGACCCCUAAAAUUGCUUUAAAAAUAUGUGACCAUUGAAAUAUGUCAAGAGGCAUAAGCAGCCCCUGGGGAAUAUUUUAUUUAGUUUUUCAUACUGCAUCUCAUUCAAAUAUGGGUUAGGACUUAUUUAGGCUUCAACAAUCAUCAAAUUUAACAUAAGUAAGACAUGUUUAUUCUAAGUGUAUAAACAAUAGCAUGCAAUAGCAAAUCAGGAUAUCUCAUUUGCAUAAAUGUUAAGAUUUCAGUUCGAUUCAUAAAGAUUGUAUUAGUUCAUUCAAUGCCCUACAAUAAUAUAAAUAGUUUUAUAUUUAUAAAUUAAUCAGUUACAUUUUUAUUUUAUUUUUAUAAAGUAUGAGUGCCGAGCUUGUAAAGAGGAUUCCGAGCUUGUAAAAAGGAUCCCGUCUUCUUGACACCAACACCCAAAAAGGUGCCAUACAAGUUUUUCUGGUUUUUGUUGAUGAUUGAUUUUUUUUUAUUUGAAUAUUUUUAGACCCUAGCUGGCCAUGAAGGACCAGUAAGUGCCUUGGAUUUCAGUCAAUCUGAUGGCACAUUGGCAAGUGGAUCAUGGGAUAAAACUGUCAGAUUGUGGAGCAUCUAUGAAGAAGGUGGAAAGAGAGAAACUAUUGAACUCAACUCAGAUGGUAAUUUGAAUAUUGAUUUAUAAAAUGACCCUUGAUUACUUUUGUUGGUAAUAUUAUCUGAAGCAUUGUCAUUGAUACUUAGAAAUGUAAAUAAAUUUAUGAGUAAUUUUAUUUGUUGUUUUAAUGUAUUUAAGUAAAACAGAAAAUAUAUUAAUACUGGUAUUAAAUUGUGUUGUAUAGACUAGGAAAUAGUUACAAUUUUAACCAGACCCACCAGUGUAAUCUUGCUGAAUGAAUUAAUGAUUCAUUUUAUGUAUUGUAAUAGUUUAUUUAAGUAAAACAGAGAAAAUAUAUAAAUACUGGUAUUAAAUUAUAUUGUAUACCCUUGAAAAUAGUUACAAUUUUAACCAAACCUACAAGUAUUAUAUCUUGCUUAAAACUUAAUUUGUUGCCAUGAUUUCUGAUGCCAAGAUAUAAUUCUAUGUGUUGGCUAAGACAGCGCUUAAAUAUGGUUGCAUUCUGUUUGUAUUUUUCAAGUAAUGACACUGACCUUUCGGCCUGAUGGUAAAGAGCUGGCUGUGGGUACUCUGAAUGCACACAUCACAUUUUGGGACUCGAGCUCAGCACAGCAGAAAGGAACAAUUGAAGGAAGGCAUGAUUUGGGAUACUAUCGCAAGGAAACUGAUAAAAUUUCAGGGAAAACAUCAGCUGAAGGGAAGUAAGUAGGAUAACCAUAAGAAUAUUUCAUCUACAGAGCUGCUUACUUACUGCUGGGGUGAUGUUGUCUACCAUCUUUUCCAGCUGGCUAUUAUCUCCUAGAUGUAUAUUGGCCUGUGUUGUUUAUGUUUGCAAGGGAUGAAGGACUUAGAAUGGGUAUUCUCAUAUGUAGUUUUUGUAAUGUUGCAUUUUAUAUUUCAAUGUGGCAUAAUAUAUAGAUUUUUUUUUCAUUUCUCUUUUAAUAUGGUUGACUUUGUACCGCGCUUUGAGCCUUUGGGGAUAAAGCAUGAUUUUUGAAUAAACUUUAUUAUUAUUAUUUUCAGCUUUCAGUUAAGUAAAAAUCAGUCAUUAACUGCAGUCAAACAUUCACUUGACAGGGCUCACACGCAGUCGGGAAAGCGGGAAAUAGUCUGAAAUUCACUGAAUAAUUUUCCUGUUCAUGAAAACCAGGAAAAUAAACCCAAUAGUAAGGAAAUUUUCCGGCUAGUUGGAAAAAAAUAGAAUAUUUGUAAAAAUAAUCAUAAAUUUGGAAUCCAUGAUUAUUGACUUUUAUCGCCGAUCUCGUUUAUUGUUAGCCUUUCUGUUAUCAAUCAAAAGGACUUUGCCAAAAUGCUAGUGAUUUUUGCCCUUAAAUGCUCAUGCAUUUCGAGUUCUACAAGUUUUGAAUAUCGUACCACUACUGCUUUGAUAGACCAGAUAUAUUUCUUUUCUGUUCACAUCGCCGAUGAAGAGAUGUUUGGGUAAGUAAAGUGCAAAAUAUAGUAAAUAAUUAUCAUAAUCUAGUUUUUAAUUGUGAGGUAACUAUUAUGAAUAGAAAACAACUCGUCUAAGCGCUGUCUAAAAUGACUAAUCUUAGUGUAAUUUGUUAUGUCUUAAUAAGUUGAUUUUUAACGGUUUUAAUGUAUGUAGGCGACAUUAUUGUAUUUUUAAAUACAGCUUAGGCAGUCUAACUUUUUUUACCUUAAUUUAAAAUUCACUUUAAAUUUAAUAAUGGAGUAGGCCUUCUAAAUUUAAAUAAGCUAAUAUGAUUAAGUUAUUUUGUGAUGUUAUUUUUACAUAGCUUAGUAUACGGCUGACUUAGAACUUCUUUUAAAAGUUAUUAAAACUAGCAUAGCCAUAGUUGAUUUGAUGCACCCAUUGAGUGAGCCUAGCAUAACUGUAUAUAAUUGGUCUUUAUUCAUAGUUAUGCACUCCUUUGUUCUGGGGAUACUCUACUGUAUUAUACUAUAUUAUUAUUAAUAAGCACAGUGGUGUAGGCGGGGGGGGGGUGUCAAUGGUCCGUUCCCCUGCGGAAAAUCCUGACUAUGCCGUUUCAUAUACAUAUCUUAGUAUCUCUUCUGACUCAGUAUAUUACCGUAGUUUAGUACAGGUAUAAUACAGUCUAAAUGAUGUAUGCCUUCCUGUAAAUUAUAAAACUAAUAUGAUAAUAUAUUUUAUUUCGUUUCACUAUUCAGGAUCUAGGUUCCAUGAAAUAAUGCCCAACAGUUCCUUUAAAACUGAUGGUCAGGACAGCAAUCAUGAUAAUGAUUGAGCAAAUCAUCGCUGCUUCAUUAUGCUGGAAAUAUUGAUACCAAGUAUUCAAGGCGAAAAUGUUUUAAAAUGUCGAUCAUCUGAUGAAACUUCGUCUAUCAUUUAGUUCAACUUCAGCUUUAUCCCCUAUCUUAGAUGUCCACUUCUGCAACUUCUCAGGCUCCCAAUUCAUUUGUUAAAUUAUGAAACUCCUCAUUGGAGUGAUUUUAUAGACAUUUAAGUGUGUUGACUCAAACUAUACAUGUUCAUCACAAAGAAGGGAAAAUUAACUCCAUAUAAGAAACGAUGCUUUCCAUUUGUGGUAGCUAUAGUUAUGUUCUAAAAUUCCCCAGAGAACACAUUGCAAAAGUUGCCCUUGCACUUUAAAAGUAAACAUCAACAAUUUUUCAAGUCUAAGUAAAUUGAAAAAUUGCAAUAGCUAAGAAAUUUAAUAAAUAUUUACAUGUAUCCACCCUAUUUGCUUAAUUUUGUUCAUUUGUGUUGUAUUUCAAUGUUGUUUUUGCUUUGACAAUUUCAUGCUUGUUUUUAUAUUAUCAACAAAAACGCUAGUUGUCAUAGUCAGGAAUGUUUUUGUUUUUAGUUAGGGAAAAGUAGGGAAUUUUGUUUCUAAAAAAUAGUGGGAACCUUGAUUUGGAUGAUUUUUAAGUGGGUUCAAAUAAUGAUUAAAACUCUAGCACCAUUGUAGUUUCAAAAGUCAAUUUUAAACUGUAGUAAGAUAUGGUAAGUAUAAUCGCAUGUUAUUUUUCAAAAUAGUCAUACAAUUUCAGAAACUAGUAUGAACUGAGAUCUGACUAUAUACCUAUAUUGUUGAACUGAGAUCUGUCUAUAUACCUAUAUUGUUGAACUGAGAUCUGUCUAUAUACCUAUAUUCAUGAACUGAGAUCUGUCUAUAUACCUAUAUUGAUGAACUGAGAUCUGUCUAUAUACCUAUAUUCAUGAACUGAGAUCUGUCUAUAUACCUAUAUUGUUGAACUGAGAUCUGUCUAUAUACCUAUAUUCAUGAACUGAGAUCUGUCUAUAUACCUAUAUUGAUGAACUGAGAUCUGUCUCUAUACCUAUAUUCAUGACCUGAGAUCUGUCUCUAUACCUAUAUUCAUGAACUGAGAUCUGUCUCUAUACCUAUAUUCAUGAACUGAGAUCUGUCUCUAUACCUAUAUUCAUGAACUGAGAUCUGUCUAUAUACCUAUAUUCAUGAACUGAGAUCUGUCUAUAUACCUAUAUUCAUGAACUGAGAUCUGUCUAUAUACCUAUAUUGUUGAACUGAGAUCUGCCUAUAUACCUAUAUUGUUGAACUGAGAUCUGUCUAUAUACCUAUAUUCAUGAACUGAGAUCUGUCUAUAUACCUAUAUUGUUGAACUGAGAUCUGUCUAUAUACCUAUAUUGUUGAACUGAGAUCUGUCUAUAUACCUAUAUUCAUGAACUGAGAUCUGUCUAUAUACCUAUAUUCAUGAACUGAGAUCUGUCUCUAUACCUAUAAUCAUGAACUGAGAUCUGUCUCUAUACCUAUAUUCAUGAACUGAGAUCUGUCUCUAUACCUAUAUUCAUGAACUGAGAUCUGUCUCUAUACCUAUAUUCAUGAACUGAGAUCUGUCUCUAUACCUAUAAUCAUGAACUGAGAUCUGUCUCUAUAUCUAUAUUCAUGAACUGAGAUCUGUCUCUAUACCUAUAUUGAUGAAUCAGAAGGUUUAUAAAAAGUUUUAAUGUAGAUGAAAGUUUGCUUGCCACUUCUCUGUAAAAAGGACGAAUAGUUUUUGGAUUACAGUGUCAAUGUAUUUUCUAUAGUACUGUCCAUUGCUGAUGGCUAUGAAUGUUACAUUGUAUAGGUCCUUUGAAAUGUUCUGUUACAUUGCUGAUUGCUAUGAUUGUUACAUUGUAUAGGUCCUUUGAGAUGUUCUGUUACAUUGCUGAUUGUUAUGAUUGUUACUUUGUAUAGGUCCUUUGAGAUGUUGUUACAUUGCUGAUUGUUAUGAUUGUUACUUUGUAUAGGUCCUUUGAGAUGUACUGUUACAGUGCUGAUUGCUAUGAAUGUUACAAUGUAUAGGUCCUUGGAGAUGUUCUGUUACAUUGCUGAUUGCUAUGAAUGUUACAUUGUAUAGGUCCUUUGAGAUGUUAUGUUACAUUGCUGAUUGUUAUGAUUGUUACAUUGUAUAGGUCCUUUGAGAUGUACUAUUAUAAUGCUGAUUGCUAUGAAUGUUACAUUGUAUAGGUCCUUUGAGAUGUUCUGUUACAUUGCUGAUUGCUAUGAAUGUUACAUUGUAUAGGUCCUUUGAGAUGUUCUGUUACAUUGUAUAGGUCCUUUGAGAUGUUCUGUUACAUUGUAUAGGUCCUUUGAGAUGUUCUGUUACAUUGUAUAGGUCCUUUGAGAUGUUCUGUUACAUUGCUGAUUGCUAUGAAUGUUACAUUGUAUAGGACCUUUGAGAUGUUCUGUUACAUUGUUUAGGUCCUUUGAGAUGUUCUGUUACAUUGUAUAGGUCCUUUGAGAUGUUCUGUUACAUUGUAUAGGACCUUUGAGAUGUUCUGUUACAUUGUAUAGGACCUUUGAGAUGUUCUGUUACAUUGCUGAUUGCUAUGAAUGUUACAUUGUAUGGGUCCUUUGAGAUGUUCUGUUACAUUGCUGAUUUUUAUGAUUGUUACUUUGUAUAGAUCCUUUGAGAAGUUGUCUUACAGUGCUAAUUGUUAUGAAUGUUUCUUUGAAUAGGUCCUUUGAGACGUUGUGUUAUAGUGCUGAUGGUGAAUGCAUCCUUGCUGCUGGUCGAUCUAAGAAUGUUUGCAUCUACUCAGUACAAGACCAACUCCUGAUGAAAAAAUUUGUCAUUUCCUGCAACCAUUCUUUAGAUGGAAUGGAGGUAACUAUUAUUAAGUUUGGUGCUUUAAAUGUUCACCUUAAACUAACUUGUGAAAAUUACGGUAUAACAUUGUUUCUUGUAUCUGAGGUAAUUGUUAAUUCAUCAUAAUUAUUUGAUACUGUUAAAUGGAAAAAAAUAGGAAAAAGGUAUACAAGUAAAUUGUUUUUCUUAAAGGAAUUUUUGGACAGGCGUAAGAUGACAGAGUGGGGCAGCUUGUCUUUGGUGGACACUGGUCAGGGAGAUGAUGGUAAAGCUAUAGCACUGCCAGGAGUUAAGAAGGGUGACCACAGUUCCAGAUUCUGGAAACCUGAGGUUCGAGUCUACUCACUGCACUUCUCCCCUACAGGUUAGAAGUUUUAGUCGUACGUAUGGCAGUACUAUAAAGACACUGGUUGCUAUGGCAGUACUAGAAAGACACUGGUUGCUAUGGCAGUACUAGAAAGACACUGGUUGCUUUCAAUUUUGUGUUUUUCUGGUGGACAUGUAAUUUUUUAAACCAAUAAAAGAUGGCUGUUAACACUGCCUGAUGUGAAAAAUUUCUUCUACAUAAAAGAUGACAAGCAUGGUAUCUCCUGGGACUGCAUAAACUUGCUUAAAAUCAACAUUUUAUUUCUUGAUUUAAUUUGGCAGCAAUAAUGGCCAACAUUGAAAAUGAUUUACCUGCCAAUGUAAUACACUUCUUUGCCCUGCUACUACAAAAAAAUUUAUAAUUUCUUUCUCCCUUUUUAAGUUCCAAACCUCCUCACUCGCUUCCAAAUUUAUACAAUCUCUUCUAAGAUAUUUUUUCUAAAAAUCUUAACAAAAUUUUGCAUCAGAACAUUCUUAGAAAGUUAUCUUUAAAAUAAAAAUGGAGAUAAUAAAAUGUUUCUGAAUUUUUUAUUGCAUUUAUAGCCAGGGAAAAAUAAAUAAAAAAUGGAUUACUCCAAUGCAUAAAAUGUUUUUAUAAAAUAUGCAAUCGCCUGGCAACGCUGUCCAAUUGAAACUGAUAAAUAAUGAAUUUAAAAUCUUAGACAUUUUUUGGCCAAUUGCUGAAACAUUUGUCGUAGUUCUUGUCUGAAUUUUGAACCUGCCAUGCAGUAUAAAAGGAAACUGACCGCAUUAAAAAGUGACGCCAGUAUGACAAAGAGAAGCUUAACCUCGGCAUCAUGCAACGACAGAAUAGAAGUUUUAUCUGGGAAUCCUGGUAGUGCCAUGAUGUGAAUGAAGUAAGGUGUCUUUGUCCCGAGAAAUGUAAAAUUAAUUAAAAGCAGGGUCAGUGUCAUGGCUCUCUCACGGCGGCGUAACUGUCUGCUGGGCUGACCCUGUCUGAUGCUCAGUGACUUUUUAUCUCCAGCCGUGUUAGAAUCGGUUCUCGACCUGUGAGAAAAAUUUGACAUCAGGUCAGUCUGGUGACUUGCCGUUGAAAUGUCAGUUGGUGCUUCGCUGAUGUCAUCCUCAUUGAGAGAACUUAAGUUACUGAGCACAGUGUCUGCCGCUGAAGAUUUGCGUCCGGAAUAAUGGCUGACUUUAAAGUCAGUAGGGUUUGGUAAGAAGUCACUAAUUUCUUGAAAAGUAUUCUGUAUGUUAUCGUCAGAGCACGACCGGGUCAAGAAUGUUGAAGCAGCUGUUCCAUGCGUGCUGGCAACUAUGUCACUUAAUUCGGUUACACCGGGAUAAUUGUUGUACAUUCCUCUUGAAUCUGCUAUGAGUUCUUUAUCAUCAGUCUCCAAGCUAACAGUGGUGCUUACUUUGACACCAAUGCUUGUUUCCAAAAAGUUGUGUGCUGGCUCUUUAUUGUUUUGAGAGUGACUUCUUUCAUUGCUGCCUGAUUCAGAAUAUGUAUUUUGAAUCUCUGUCUCUGCUGUCCAAAUUUUAUAACUGACAUCUGUAUUGCUCUGGUUGUUAAAAUAAUGCUUGCUGUUCAUGUCGAACUCAGAAGUGUCCAUUUGUGCAUCAGUGCUACGCAGCUCACGUGUUGCUAUGUGUUCACUGUUGUUACUCACAAAUAUCUCCCUCCAGGAGUUUGACCUAGUUAGAAAGAGCCGGCUUCUGCCCAGGGCCAGGAUGAUCAAACCGUUGCCAAUGACCAGUAUGAUGCAUGGGAGAGAAUGCAUGAAAAUAAUCUCAAGCCAGGCUCUCGUGGCUUCCAAGUUACCAUCUUGAAAAUGUGACAAACAAGCAAACACGGCAGAUGAGUUUGUUUCCAGGGCAUCGAGAUUUGUGGACACAAUAAAAAUAGCACUGUACAGGACUAGCGUGAAACUUGAAGUCAUGAAAAACAUGAUUAAAAUCCUUCUUUUGGUCCACAAGAUUCUCACCCUUAGUGGUAAAAUGACAGAGGUCAGGCGCUCUAUUGUCACCAGAACAACCAUCCAGUUGCAUAUUAUGUUUGUCACAUGCAUGAGGUACAGAAGGAGCAAGCAGAUUGUUUUUGUCAGUAGGAUUUGUUGAUGAAUGAUAGUAAUCCCCCAUGACACGAUGCCCAUGUAAACAGUUUCUAAUGCACACAGUAGUUGGUGGCUCAGGGAGGACGCAGAUUCCUGAAAGGCUUUUUGGCUAAAGACGGCGAUUGAAAUCAUGUUCCCCACAGCUCCCAGUGAAUAUACUGUCAUUAGUAUUAGAUAAAACUCAUCCGCCAUAUUCAGUGGUACAAUGAUGUGGCUGCUGUUGGGUUUGUACCAUAUCAUGGCCUCCAUUAUGAAAGUCAGUUUGUUUUAGAGCACUUCACUCCAGGUUUGGAAACUUUUGUCUUAGAAGAAGUGUAAAUUAUUCAACUGUCCUUGUAUAAAACGAAAGGCGAAAAAACAAUUUCAAUCUCCUAUAAUAGAAUUUAUCAAUUUAAAUAUUCCCAUUUUUAGCUUUCCUAGACAUCAUAUCACAGUGGAAACCUCAAGAGGACUAGUGAAGUUUUGCAAUACCCACGGGUCUUUUAGCAAUGUCAGAAAAACAAUGCCAUAUUUUGGUGAUAAGCCAGCCCUGCUGUGUCAUGUUGAUAUUACUUGUCAUAAGACCUUGUCUGGCCAAUAUCUCAAGGAGAAAUGGAGGAAAAUUCAUCUUGAAAUUGCUAUUGAUAGUUCAAUAUCUGACAUGUCUUUUAACUGAAAUUAUCUUUUAACUGCAAAUUCUCUCCCUGUGACUAGUUUCUUAAACUCUUUGCUUUUCAAGCAUAUUAAGAACCCAGUACAGUGUUGAAUAAAGUUUCAGUACACUGUAGAUAAAGUUUCAGUACAAUGUUGAUGAAGUUUCAGUACAAUGUUGAUAAAGUGUGCUCAUUUGAUUUACAAAUGUAUUAAGUUUUGUGAAAAAAAUGAAGUGGGUAAAAAUUAAUGUGGUAUCUGACUACCUUCAAAGGGGUUUAGGGCAAUUAGGAAAGUGAAUUAAAUUAUAGUAUUAUUAUUAUUUUUUAAUGUGGUCAUGGUGAGGAAAUAUGACAAGGUGGCAUGAAGGAGAAAAUGUGACAAUGUGGUUAUGAAGGAGGAAAUGUGAUAAUGUGGUUAUGAAGGAAGAAAUGUGGUUAUGAAGAAGGAAUUAUGACAUUCUGAGUUCUUUUGUUAUAUAUAAUGGAUGCACGAUCAAAAUUUAAACACACAGUUGUCGAGCUUAGCUUUUUUUAACAAGUUUUUUUUACCUGAGCUAUUCUUCUUUUAGAGGCUUUAACCUAAUAUAAGGAAAGUUCAAUCUUUUGUCAAUAAAUGACCAACUCAACUGUUGGUAUUGAUCUCAGUUCUUUAGUUCCCUUUUCUGUCCACUUGGUUAUCAGCUGUGCCAUAAAGCAACCUUGAACAUCUGAAUAAUAGAGUUUUAUUGGGAGAGUGUCAGGGCUGGACAGAAACCGCAUCGAUUAAAAGCUGAUUUCAAUCAUUUAUUAUCUUUGGCCAUAAAUGUUUUUUUCAAAAGAAUUCAGCUACAGGUAAUCUCUUUGUUUCAGCUAUUCACACAUGUUAUCUUGAUAUGACCUUAAAGCUAUUCACACAUAUUAACUUGAUAUGACAUUAAAGCUAUUGACACAUACUAUCUUGGUAUGACCUUAAAGCUGGGCAACUUUAUGAUGUAAUCUAAUACUGUGGAUGAUGUGUGAACAUCUUUAAUAGAAAGUACACUAUAACAUGUGUGCUAACAAUACAACAGACACUAUAACAUGUGUGAUAACAUUACAACAGACACUAUAACAUGUGUGAUAACAUUACAACAGACACUAUAACAUGUGUGCUAAUAUUACAACAGACACUAUAACAUGUGUGCUAACAUUACAACAGACACUAUAACAUGUGUGCUAACAUUACAACAGACACUAUAACAUGUGUGAUAACAUUACAACAGACACUAUAACAUGUGUGCUAACAUUACAACAGACACUAUAACAUGUGUUAUAACAUUACAACAGACACUAUAACAUGCGUGCUAACAAACAAACAUUUUCAUCAAUAAUCUGCUUUUAUCCCCUUCUUUCUUUCACUUUUCACAGUUUAAAUUUAGCUUUACACAACUCAAAUAGAAUCCAUAGUUUUGUAAAAUUCAAAAAGAAUAAAUAGUUUUUACUUAUUUAAGAUAAUUUUGAUUGUUGUUAAUCAAUUGCUGUUAAUUCUAUAGCAUACAUUUCUUUCCCAUCUAGACUUAGUUGGCAGGGGUCACCACUAAGGCAAAAGAGAGCCCAUUGAGCUUUAAAACAAUAUAUAUUUGUCCUGUAGUUAAAAAGAAGCUUAUCUUUAGAACUGUAAUUUCCAGGUCGAUCUUGGGUUGCGUGUUCAACCGAGGGACUUUUGGUGUACUCCCUUGAUCAAAGCAUAGUGUUUGAUCCUUUUGAGCUGGAAAUGGAGAUAACGCCAGCAAAUGUGAGAGCCACUCUAAUGCAAGGAGACUACUCUGCAGCAUUAAUGUUGAGCUUCAGAUUAAAUGAGCAGAACCUUAUACUGGAAGUGCUUGAGUCUAUCCCAGCUGAUAGUGGUAAGUCAAGAUAAGAUAUUAGUGAUAAGUCAAGAUAAGAUAUUAUUGAUAAGCCAAGAUAAGAUAUUAAUGGUAAGAUAAGAUAUUAAAGAUAAUAUAUUAGAGAUACAUCAAGGUAAGAUAUUAGUGAUCAGUCAAGAAAAGAUAGUGGAAAGUCAAGAUAAGAUUAAGAUAGUGGUAAGUCAGGAUAAGAUAUUAGUGGUAAGUCAAGAUAAGAUAUAAGUGGUAAGUCAAGAUAAGAUAGUGAUAAGACAAGAUAAUAUAUCAGUGAUACGUCAAGGUAAGAUAUUAGUGAUAAGCCAAGAUAAGAUAAAAGUGAAAAGUCAAUAUAAGAUAUCAGUAAUAAGUCCAGAUAAGAUAUUAGAUAAGUCAAGAUAAGAUGUUAGUGAUAAGCAAAGAUAAAAUAUCAGUGAUAAGUCAAGAUAUUAGUGAUAAGCCAAGUUAAGAUAGUGAUAAGUCAAGAUAAGAUAUUAUUGAUAAGUUAAGAUAUCAGUGAUUAGUCAAGAUAAGAUAUUAUUGAUAAGAUAUCAGUGAUAAGUCAAGAUAAGAUAUUAUUGAUAAGUCAAGAUAAGAUAUUAGUGAUAAGUUAAGAUAAGAUGUUAGUGAUAAGCCAAGAUAAGAUAUCAGUGAUAAGUCAAGAUAUUAGUGAUAAGCCAAGUUAAGAUAUUAUUUAUAAGUCAAGAUAAGAUAUUAGUGAUAAGUCAAGAAAAGAUAUUAUUGAUGAGAUAAGAUAUUAUUGAUAAGAAAUCAGUGAUAAGUCAAGAUAAGAUAUUAUUGAUAGGUCAAGAUAAGAUUUCAGUGGCAAGUCAAGAUAAGAUAUUUUUAUUGGCUCAAUAUUCAAUGUUUUCAUGAACAAACCAAAGAAAAGCUUAAAAGAAGUCCAUUUAGUACAGCAAGAUUUCAUGUUAAAUUAUAGUCAUUAAAAGGGAGAUUAUUUUUGGGGUGUUAAAACAGAGCAAGAAAGCGCAAUAGAAUCAUUUUAAAUUCUAACUAUUCUCUAUUUGACUUCAGUCUUCACUUUACAUUAAGUCUAAAAAUAAGAAGUUUUUGACAUCAUAGUUUUUGUCUACUUUAUUUAAGCAUGAAACAAAAUGAUACAGUUAAGUUUUCUCUUAGUUUCACUGGGAGGGACAGGGAAGCUCAAUUCUUACUUUGAAUUUCAACUUCCUUCCACAGCCCCAAACAUCAUUGAAAACUUAUCAGACACUUACGUGGACAAGCUAUUGGCUUUCACUGGCCACAUGAUAGAAGUCUCCGCCCACAUAGAGUUUUACCUUCUGUGGCUACUGCCUCUAUUGAUGACGCAUGGACCAAAGUUAAAGCAAAGGUCACAGCAAGUCAUGGCCUCUUUAAGAACAUUACAGCGCAACAUGAGCCGAAAAUAUGAAGAUCUUAGAAAAAUGUGAGUAGCCUCCACUGAUUCUUUAUUUACUCCAGUGUUUCCAAAAAUGUGUUUUCUUACACAGUAGUCUGUCGCCUGCAUGUUGUAGGUGUGUCAUGACACAGUAGUGUGUCAUCUGCAUGUUGUAGGUGUGUCAUGACAGUAGUGUGUCAUCUGCAUGUUGUAGGUGUGUCAUGACACAGUAGUGUGUCCCUUACAUGUUAUAGUUGUGUCAUGCAAAACUAAGCUAAGUCAUUCACGCCAUCUUUGGUCAUCAAAGAAGCUAAGACACUCACGCUGUUCUUUGGUCAUCAAAGAAGCUAAGACAUUCACGCUGUUCUUUGGUCAUCAAAGAGGCUAAGACACUCACGCUGUUCUUUGGUCAUCAAAGAAGCUAAGACACUCACGCUGUUCUUUGGUCAUCAAAGAAGCUAAGACACUCACGCUGUUCUUUGGUCAUCAAAGAAGCUAAGACAUUCACGCUGUUCUUUGGUCAUCAAAGAAGCUAAGACAAUUAUACCAUCUUUGGUCAUCAAAGAAGCUAAGACACUCACGCUGUUCUUUGGUCAUCAAAGAAGCUAAGACACUCACGCUGUUCUUUGGUCAUCAAAGAAGCUAAGACAAUUAUACCAUCUUUGGUCAUCAAAGAAGCUAAGACACUCACGCUGUUCUUUGGUCAUCAAAUAAGCUAUGACACUCAUGCUGUUCUUUGGUCAUCAAAGAAGCUAAGACACUCACGCUGUUCUUUGGUCAUCAAUAAGCUAAGACACUCACGCUGUUCUUUGGUCAUCAAAGAAGCUAAGACACUCACGCUGUUCUUUGGUCACCAAAUAAGCUAUGACACUCAUGCUGUUCUUUGGUCACCAAAUAAGCUAAGACAUGGAUCAUGAAAAGUUACAGUGUAUCUCAUCUUUCCUUUAUAGUAACACACCAAUUGCCAGUUGAUGACCAAACUCCUUUAAAUGUAAAAUCGACAUGGUUCUGCACAUUGUCAUUUAAAAAUGGUUUUGCCACAUUGUGUUUAGUCAUUGUCUUUGUUUGGCUUCACAUUAUCUUACAUUUAUAUUGGCACUUAACAUCGGUUUCCCUGGCUUCUCUUGUAAUGCAACACAGGAUUAUUCUGACACGUUAUCUUUGAUGGUUAAUAGUCUGUUUGAAAUGGUUAUUUUUUUUGGCUGGCAUCUGUCCUUCACACUUUGACGAUGGUGUAGACUUUGCAGGAUGAAAUCCACAAGGCCUGGGAUUAUUCUUUUUAGGAUUAUAAGCCGUUCCCUACAUGCAAAUCGCCUCUCUCCACGCCGCUGGAUAAACCCAAGGGAACAUCAUGUGGAUGAUACAGCUUGGCACCAGUGGCAUCACAUGAGUUUUUGGAAUGUUUCAUUGUGCCAAUGUUAUCUGCCUACGGAACUCCCUCUCUGGGUUUGAGUUCAGUUUCCUUCUCUUAGAUGAGUUGCCAUCUAAGGUUAACGAGUCCCAUCCACCCAGGGUGCUGGUGAUGUUUUUCUUAACUGGGCUUUGGUGGGUUUUGAACUCCAGACCAUGAACUUGAGAUUGGCUCACUUUAGAUCAAAAAAAAUUGUGUACUGGUAUUUUAAAAUAAAAUAUGUAAGUAAAUAUUCUGUAAACUUUAAUUCUUUGUUUCUCACGUCACCCACUCUUAUUUGUGGAUGACAUUUUUCUUUGAUACCACAUCCUAAGGGCUGCUUUAUCGAUAAUGGCUUUAUCGAUGCUAGGGCUAGAAUCAAGCUUGGAAGAACAUAUAUUAGAGAGACCUGACUCAAACCAUUGUAUGUCAAGUGAUAUGAUAGACUUUAUAUAAAUUUAUGUUUUCAGAUCUGAUCAUAACAAAUACACUUGCCAGUAUCUUCUUGCUCUUACAAAACUUAAGCGUAAGAGAGAAGCGGCAGAGAAGAGUGACAAUGAAACUGAUAGUGAGACAGAGGAACUUCCAUGGCACCACGUAGACAGCUCAGAAGAUAGCAUGGAUAUGACUUAACUAGUUCUUGAUAAUUCUUUUGUGUUAUUGUUUGUGUGAAAGAUGAGUAAUAAUAAAAUUUAAAAAAUGUCUGUUUUUUUUCUAAAUUGUUCAUUAUUAUACAAUGACUGUUGGGGACAUA